UGGUCACAAACCAGCCAUAAACCACACGACCAAUGCGAUGUCCUCCACCAAUGCAAUGGAAACCCAGGCAGUCACCGCUCCCAAAAAGAUGAAGAAAGCAUUGACUCGACCUGCAAGGAAACAAGUUAAACCUGGGGAAGUUGAAAAGAAAGAAACCCCUCAAACCGGGAAAGAAUACAAUAUAUGGUACAACAAAUGGGCAGGAGGAGAUAGAGAAGAUAGCUACUCCAACAAAGUAAAAUCACAAACGCGAUGCAACAUUAAACGAGAUGCAGGUCUGACGCGUGCCAACGCAACCGGGAACAAAUAUUGUUGUCUCUUCUUCGCUCGUGGCUGUUGUCCGUACGGCUGGGAAUGUGAAUAUUUACAUUCACUACCCGACACCGAAAAUCCUUUACCCGAUAGUUCGAAGGACUGUUUCGCUAGAGACAAAUUCGCUGAUUAUCGAGAUGAUAUGGGUGGUGUUGGAAGCUUCAAUAGGCAGAAUCGUACCCUCUAUGUUGGGAGGGUCAAGGAGACCGGAACUGGGUUGGAGACGGAAGAGGUUGUCAGACGACAUUUCAAAGAAUGGGGCGAAAUCGAGCGAGAUGACUCUGAGACUGGCUGGGCGGUGAAGGUCCUCCAGUACCGUAGUGUCGCCUUCGUGACCUACAAAUCGGAGCUCCAUGCUCAGUUUGCAAAAGAAGCCAUGGCUUGUCAGUCUCUGGACAACGACGAAAUUCUUAACGUCCGUUGGGCAACCGAAGACCCUAAUCCUGUUUCGAAAGUCAACGAGAGACAACGUUUGGAGGAAAUGGGUCAAAAAGCUAUCAGAGAAAACAUGGAUCCUCGUAUUGUGGAUGCGAUGCGCUCAAUACGAGCGCUCGAGGAGGGAGAUGCAAUAGGUGAAGAUGGACAUCUUAUCGGGAACGAAAAUGGGGCAGAAGAGGACAGCGAGGAGGAGGAGCCUGCUGCCAAGAGGCGCAAGCUCGACAACAGUGGCUCGACCUCGCCGCCUCAGAGUGAUCCACCUAAGGCUCAAGGUCUACUCAGUGCAGAUGCGAUGGAGGGGUUGAAAUAUUUCGCCGAGAUAAGGAGGAAGAAUGGACUUGCUCAGUCUGUUGCUCGGCCUAAGCCUGCACCACCACCUGUAACUGGAGGGCUGAAUUUGGGGGAUUAUGGUAGCGAUGAUGAGUAGAUGUUCAUGCAACCUUGUACUUGAGUUUUACCGUAUACCAGGCGCCGGUCAAUAUUGUCUUAGCACAGUGUAUAAUGAAUAUAUAUACAUGUAUAUAUAU